GACAAAUUAUUAUGAACUAUGUUAAACAGACAGAGACUGACAAAUUAGUUACUGCAUCGGGCUAUCACUCUGUAUGAUUUACCUACAUAAGCUGACCAACCAACUGCAUUGAAUUUUGUAUUCUGUAUCCGCUUGCAUUAUACUUCUUACAGUAGUAUGAAUUGAUUUAUAAACUAGACAGUCUUUUUUGUGCAUGAUUUGAUUUUGCAUAAUUCGACCUAAUUUAUGUACACGUAACUUUACAUAUUGUUGCACACACUGAAGCCAUAUUGUCACCAUCAUAUUUGUAUACAUGUUUAUGCAUUUAAACUAACUAGUGUUUGAAUAGUUUUGUUGAAUUGGCAAGACAAAGGCAAACGAAGUUAAGUUACUGAAGUUGACUUUUGUUCACUUUAGGGUCAGUUUAAACCUAGAAACUAUUUAAACGUUCUUCAUGUAUAAAUUGAACACUUCAAAGGUAACCAAUCCAUUACCUUUUUUAAGAUACAGAGGAGAAAACGGUAGUGAAAUAAAACUAAACAAUGGACCGUCAAAAGGCAGUUGUUAAGAAUGCUGACAUGCCAGAGGAAAUGCAACAGUUCGCAGUGGAUACGGCCGCAAAAGCAAUGUGUGACUGCAAUAUCGAAAAAGACAUUGCAAGUUUUGUAAAGAAAGAGUUCGACAAAACAUAUAAUCCAACAUGGCAUUGUAUUGUUGGAAGAAACUAUGGAAGCUACGUCACACAUGAAACGCAUCAUUUCAUUUAUUUCUACCUUAACAAUGUUGCCAUACUACUCUACAAAUCUGGAUGAGUUCUGAUCAAUAAAAGAUGGAGCAUGGAUUGUCCUUCAGUUGAAUAUCGAGAAGUCUUUUGUAUUUCAAUCACCUUGUGCAUAAGUUGUUUAGAAAAUAAACGAAUUAAGAAUGCUUCGUUUUGUUUGUCUUUCUUCGCGACUAUCAUUUCUUUCAACUAUGGUUAUGCAAUUAGUGAGCAGACAGUAUCUUUUUUAGCAUAAAUACAUUUCACGAUCUAGACAAGUUACGUCUUCUUAUUGUUCUAUCGGAAUUCGUAAAGAGAACAAACUUUUUCGAAAAUAUUUUUUCUGUUUGAAAAUAAUGUCUACAUUGUUUAGAACAGCCUCUGUCCUGUUUUACAACCAAAAUAAGGAGUUACUUUCUGAAGGCAUACACACUUUCAGUAGCCUGAUGUUCAGAAAGUACUUAAAAAUAAAACAAUAUAAAAAUUCCUUUUUUUCUUCAGUAUGGUAUAAUCUUGUAACUUAAAAAAGUGUGAAAAAAUCUGAAUUGAGCUUUA